AUGAGACUCAUUGCUGGACUCAUUGCCGGUUUGGCGUUGGUUAACGCCAUCGCUGCAGCCCCUAUCGCUACUCAGUACGACGACUCUGAUCUUACUGGUUCGAACGAAGCCGCCGCCAACCCUAGUAAGGAACAUACGAAGAAUCAGAACUGGGCUGGUGCUGUCCUCGAUGGAUCAGACUUCCAGACCGUGACUGGCACUUUCAUCGUCCCAAGGGUCAGCUUGCCCGCCGGUGCGCAACCACACUUCUUCGAAAAAUUCGGUGCCGCCGCCUGGGUGGGACUCGAUGGGAGUACAUGCCAUGGCGUAAUCAUGCAGACCGGUGUGAUAAUGCGGAUCUCCAACGAUGGAAUCCUCGAACAAGAAGCAGUCUAUGAAUGGUUCCCAGAUAAACCGGUCAGAUUCAAGAAUCUCAAGGUCUCACCUGGCGACAGUGUGACUCUCACCAUAACAGCCUCUUCUGAUAGUGGUGGCGUUGCUAUCAUCGAAAACAACACAACGGGUCAAUCUGUCAGACACAAAUUUGUCGGACGCAAACCUCAUCUUUGUCGGACCAAUGCCGAAUGGAUUGUUGAAGAUUUCAUCCAAAAACGUCACAAACACCACGCUCUCUUUGCAGACUUUGGCAGCGUGAGUUUCACUAACGCUUCGGCUAUCACUGGGGACGGGACCAGAUCUGGUCCUACUAGUGCACGUAUUCACGACAUUGUCGGCAAAGACUCACAUGGCAAGGAAUAUCUUUUGACCAAUGCCGCUGUGGACGACUCGACGGUUUCCAUUUCUUACGGCAAGCGACCUGUAUCUGAGAAUGAUGGUUCAAUUGUGUGUUAA